GGUACGCUAACAUAAGCACUAAAGUGUAAACACACUUUAUCUAAACACCACUUAAUCCUGUCUCAAACCAUGGCGAAUGAUGCAAUGCAACGCAAUGGAAGGCCUGGAAUGGCCUCGUCUACUGCCCAGAAGUGAAGUGGCGCUUCAACCGUGCGUUUGAUUGAGUGUCCAAGACGGACAGUCUGUGAUUUGACCUAUUUAGCUACUUCCACAUCCUCUGGUCCAAUGGAACUGAUGUCCGUCUGCCGACCUUCCUCCAGCUUUGGCUUUGUCUUUGUCUCGAGUCUUUGUGCAGACAACCGCUGGGUUUAUUUAGCAAACGUUUAGCCAGCUAAAUUAGCCUUCGACUUUUGGAAAUUGCAGCCCGUCUGUUCUGGCUUGUAGCUAAACGGCUAAUCGUAUAGACUACGCGGCGACGCCCAUUUCGGAUUCCCAUUAGCUAACCUUGGUAGCUGAAGCUGUGGUAAAGCGGACCCUACAGCUGGCUGAUUGCUACUGUCGGACUGGCCCUUUAAAAUUGACAACCGUAGUCCAGCGUUGCGGAAGUUUUCUUUUUUGUUUAUUUUUUUUUAAUGGAAAAGUUUUGUCAGGGAAAGCUGUUGUAGAUAUUUAUUGUUUGAUUGUACAUAGAGGUGCUUAUUGCUGGCUAGAUUGCACAAAGAAACAUCACUGUAUAAAAUGAAGGACUAUAGCUAACAUUUCUGGCUAGCUAGUCAGCCAGAAAUGCUGUUGUAUCGUAGGUAGCUAACAUUACAGUAGCUAAUGUAGCAAGAUUAUUCGUCGAACAUGGGACUAAUAAUGUUAGCGGAUUAAAGUGAUGACACGUUAGCUAUUAACGUUACAUUCGUGAUGGAUAUAUGACUUGUUAGCUAGUAGCUACCAUUCAUUUCUUCGGUUGCUAGCUAGAAAAUCAACAGAAAAAUGUCUUCGUAUUCCAAGUGGAGAAAUAGCAAUCACUUCUAUUACUGCAUAAAGUUCACCCUCAAUAUUUACUCUAUGCUUUUUUCGCUGGUGGGCCUGUGCGUGCUGUGCGUGGGGAUCUACGCGGAGGUGGAGCGGCAGAAGAACCGCACGCUGGAGGGCGUGUUCCUGGCCCCCGCCGUGGUGCUGAUCCUCCUGGGCCUGGUCAUGUUCACCGUGUCCCUGGUGGGCAUGGUGGGCUCCCUCAGAGACAACAAGACCCUGCUGCACAUGUUUCUCUGCGUGCUGUGUGUCCUGCUGGCUCUCCAGGCCCUGGGGCUCAUCGUCGCCCUUAUUUUUGAGAAGAAGACGAUCGCCUUGUUUCAGAACAGCAUCCGCGAGGGAAUCAAACACUACUACGAUGACCUGGACUUCAAAAACAUCCUGGACUUUGUGCAGGAGAAGUUCUCCUGCUGUGGAGGGGAUGAGUACAAGGACUGGGGCGUCAAUCAGUACCACUUCUGCAACGGCAGCGGCCCGCUGGCCUGCGGCGUCCCGUACACCUGCUGCGUGAGAGGCCAGGUGGGGGAGGUGGUCAACACUCUCUGUGGCUACAAGACUCUCAAUCAGGAGCGUGUGGAUCUGGAUGGACUGAUACACGUGCGGGGCUGUAUUCACGCAGUGAACCUGUGGAUGGGAGACAAUAUUGGGAUCACAGUGGGGAUCUGCUGUGCUGUGGGCCUGCCACAGUUGCUGGGGAUCGUGCUCAGCUGUGUGUUCUGGAACAUGCUGGUGGAGAUGAGCCAGUCGGCGGACAUGGUGGACUUCCGCCUGCUGAAGAGGGCCGGGUUCGAGUACGGCGAGCUGGACCUGGCCGGGGCGGGCUGGUGCCUCUGCCUGCCCCGCGACGGGGGCUACCUGCCCGUCCCGGCCUCCGAACCCCAGUCCUGGGCCCCCGAGCCGUCCCGCCCGGACCGCCGCCCCGUCCGGAGACAGCAGCCCCUCUACCGGGCCGGGUCCCAGCAGCUGGGUCCAGGACGGGGGAUCGGAGUGGACGAGGUGGACAUCCGGGCCUACUGAACCAGGCCGAGAAGGGAUUAAAUUACGUGUCAUUUUAUUAUUAUUAUUAUUAUUAUUAUUUUUUUUUUUUAAUAAUGUCUUUAAUUUAAUUUUCUAUUAAUGUUGUUGUGUCCGUCCUAUUGCACUAAUUGUUAGACUACAGACACAAACAAUCGACAAAUGAGGGAUAAAUUUACCAAAGGGACAUCCAAGAGGGCGGAGCAUAAUGAUAUGGCACUUGAUGUGAGGGAGUUGUAGUUUUUUAUCCUGGAUUUGUGAGUUCCCGUGUUCUUUUUAGAUGGAGAGCAACGUUUGAAGUCUGAUACUUUGAUAAUUUAUAACUGAAUUUCCUAAUUUUAAUUAUUAUUUUUGUCUUGUAGCAUUUUGGUUUAAAAAACAAAAAAAAAAAACAUCUUAAAUGUAUUUGCCUAUCAACAUAGUAUUGGGUAAUUUUAAUUUGUAUCAUUAUAAAUCACUUUUUUUAAGGUCUCGUUUUGUUUUUCUAUUGAUGAUGAUGAUGAUGAUGAUGAUGAUUCUGAAAGUCCUAUACCUCAGGCUAUGCUAAAAUGGCCGACUGUACUUGAGGAAAUUUAC